GCGGGGCUUGUUCCCAAGGGGACGCGCAAAGCAAAACAGUUCUUAUCUAUUUAAAAACUAUUUGUUUAUCUGUCGAUGACAGCGUCGUUAGUCGUUGCCGUUAGAGCCUGUGAUACACAAUGUCUUUCUUCGGUUUAACAAGGCUUGGCUAUCAGAACCCAAUAGGCGAAACCAUGAUACAUUUCCAGAGAGCGUCCCCCUCUGAAGAUGGUGUUCAAGUGACAACAGGGGUCGAUCUACCACUUCAAGAAAACGAAAGAACCUUUCCCACCUCAGCAACUUUAAAAAAUCCCAGCAUGCAUCAAAAGAGCAACAAGCAUUAUAGAGAAAUGGUCAGACAGGCUCAACUUCCUGCAUCUCCAAAGGACUUGUACGUAAUGCCUCUGACAGGCAACCAGCAGUACGGAUGGAUGGUGUCGGACACUCCCAAACCAUGGACCAAAAUUAAUCGCUUUCCCCGAAGGAACAGCGACGUCUCAAAGUUUGUUGAACAAAUGUUAAUGACAGACCGGACGUUUUGCCCUUUUUGAUGAAGACAUGUAAGCUUUGAAAAUGUCUAAAAAUAAACCAAGAAGAAAUGCACA